AGAGACGGAACCGGCACCCACUACAGCCCGCUGCGCGCGCAACCGCAUAAGCUGACUGAGCACCCGCCACCCGAGAGUCCGAGUUCUCGCGCUGUUUUGAUCGCUCCGCUGCCGUUCUCCCGGCCGCCCUGCGGGGAAUACCCCGAGAGGCCAGCAGCUCUCGCGAGAGGUCGGUGAGCGCGCGGCCGGGCGGAGCGCAGCACAGCAGCGGCGCGGGAGCGAGGCUGCGAUGGGGCUGCAGGGGGUCAAGGCCGUGUUCUUCGACCUGGACAACACGCUCGUCGACACGGCGGCCGCGGGCCGGCGGGCCAUACAGGAGGUAAUAAAUAUUUUGCAAUCAAAACAUCAGUGUGAUGAAGGAGAAGCUCACAUGAUUUGUAAUAAGGUCCAAGAAAAACUCCUCAAAGAGUGUCAUGAUCCAGCUAAGGUGUGCAUUACUGAUUUAAGGAUCUCACAUUGGGAAGAAGCAAUACAAGAAACAAAGGGUGGUGAGGCUAAUCGAAAUCUGGCGGCAGAAUGUUAUUUCCUUUGGAAAACUACACGCCUCCAGCAUCUAACCUUAACAGAGGAGACAAGAAGCAUGCUUACUGAACUUCGAAAAAUGGUCCGCUUGCUUUUAUUAACUAAUGGAGACAAACUCACUCAGAGGGAGAAGAUUGAAGCGUGUGCCUGUCAACCAUAUUUUGAUGCCAUUGUUGUGGGAGGAGAACAGAAAGAAGAGAAACCAGCACCAUCUAUAUUUCAUCAUUGUUGUGAUCUACUUGGGGUACAGCCUUGGGACUGUGUGAUGGUUGGUGACUCACUAGACACAGAUAUUCAAGGAGGCCUGAAUGCAGGUUUGAAAGCAACUGUCUGGAUAAAUAAAACAAUGACAAUGCCAGUAAACACUUAUCCAGUACCUCAUUAUAUAAUUUCUUCUGUUCUUGAUCUUCCAGCACUCUUACAGAAUAUGGACCACAAAAUGAAUGCUAACUUAGAAACUGACAAGAUGGUUAGUAUUAAUGACGUACAUGACAGUGCCAAUAUAGAAUCUAAGAAAUGCUAAGUCCUUAGCCUGCUAAUGCUUUUGUUGAAAGUUUGGCCCUAAAAUCUUAUACACGUAAACAUGUUUACUCAAACAGUGGAUGGGUGAGUAAGAGUAUAUUUAUGAGUGGAGGUCAAUAGAAGAAAAGUAUUGAAGUGAAUCUUGUUAUUGCUGGAAAUUUUUUGAAAAGAAAUGAAGCAUAAAUGCAAUUGUCUUAAAUUUAUGCUCUACAUCUGGAAAUUACCGAGAGACUUCUUUUUAAGCAUAGGUCAAAGACAACCCCGCUUAUCAGACUUUUGCUUUUACAACGAAAAAGGAAAAACACCAUGUUUUGAUUUUCAUUUUGGUUUGCUGGCUUAUAAAUUUUAGCAGGAAUUUCAGUAAUAAAAGAUUGUUUGUGGUAUAAAACAGUAGAAGGUGGAAGAGAGAAUAGGGUAGAAUUCUAGAUUCUACCCAAUGUAAUCCAUAGAUUUCUCAAUAAGGAUUAAAAUGAAUUUCCCCAUUUGAAAAAGUGAUUGGAUCUAGUACAUAAAGCAGCCCAUUCUAAAAUUUUUGACUUUGCUUUUUGGGCAAACUUAUUGACUUUGUAAUUUUGGAAGCUAGUGACUUUUCACAAAUUUUGCAGUGACUGUUCUUAAAUGAUAAGACAUAUGUACACCUGAAAGCUUGAGUAUGUGUAGGGGACCAUUUAUCAGGAGGACUUCAUGGAUAGAGUUUUGUUUUAAUCACAUACAUGUAUCUGCACUAAAACAAUAUUUGUAAUGCAGAUUAUGAUUUAUGUUGCACUAUAUUGUGAGUUAACUGAUUUUUUUGGACAUUUGCAAUGGUCUUCGCUCAGGUUUGUCGAAUAUUCUUAAAGCUUAUGCAGUUUUCUGUUUGGUUUUAUUAGUGAGUUUUGAUCAAACUUUGGUCGUGCAGUUGGCUCAGGAAGGUGCAGGGGUCUACCCACAUGGAGCUAGUAACAGGAUUGGAGCCUUUUUGGCUACUAAUUCCAUUGCUGUAGAACCUUUCCAAAUUCUAACUUCUACAUGUACUUCAUCUGUAUUUCGAAAAAUUGUAUACUAGUAAAAAAUAAGUGGUUUGCAUAACUUUUCCAGGAACUUGAAUUCAGGUAUAGGAUGUAAUACUGGAUAAAUAGCUUCGCAGUGUACACUGACACUGGAUUUAGAAGAUUAUGCCAUAUUAUAACACUACUCUUCCUCCACACAUUUAUUUAAUUUUGCUGUACUUCAUUUCCUUUUGUGACAGUCAGUUAAAUUCCCUCCUUACAAAACACCUCUUUUCAAGAAUGUAACUUCUCACUUCAAAAAUAUGAACAUUUGGGAACAUCAAAUUUUAAGUUUCAUAUUUUUAGGAAUUGGGAUUAAUACACUUAUGGAAGUAUUGCACAUUUUAACACUCAUGCCUAUCUGUCAUUAUGUGAUGGAUCACAAAUUUCAUGUUUUAAAAAAUGUUCAUCACAAUUGAUAGUUAUAUUUUGGAUAUGUUUGCGAGUUAGGAUAAAAACAUUUCAGAGUUGGAGAGUCAUAGAACACCAUAAAGCAAGGAAACCUACCAGAAGGUGUGGAAGGACAUGUCUACAUGAGAAAGCUGCAUCAGUUUGAACCUAAGGUGUGAAUUUAAACCUAUUUUAAACUGGUGCAGUGCCCUGCAUAGACUUAUUUUGGUUUAAAUGAGGCUUUUUUAGUUUAACUUAAAUUGAUUGGCGACAGAGUUAAGCUAAAUCAAAAUGUCAUCCCUAAUCUGAAAUAACAGUGUCAAAAGUUCAACUUGUCUAAAGAAGGACCUCAAGGAGCAAACUGCCAGAGCCAUACAGAACAAUCAGUUAAAGAAAAGCAGGCACCACCUAAGUUUUUAACAUAAUUAUGGGGGAAAAUUAAGAAAGAAGGCUAAGCAUUAAAUGAGGUUUAUGUAGAGCAAUCAAACGUAUACAAAAGGUUAGAUGGUGUCACCAAGUAUUCAUAUACUUUAGACUGUUGGCGUGGUUCUGUAAAUGAAGACUGUUAAACAAUCUUUUUAUUUUAAACCACAGCCUUCCAAAAUUUGUUACACUAAAAAUCUGUUGUUUGUACAGCACCCAGCAGAAUGGGAGCCCAGUCUGAUAAGGGCCUCUGAGUGCUAGUGUAAUAAAAAAUAAUCUAUAAUAAUGGGAUGAGUCUCUGGACUGGAGAUGUCCAUGGAGCCAUAAGGCCAGAAACUUAACUGCUGUAAAUUUGUUUUAGAUCCAUUGACUUCAACGGAACUACAACUUUUUAUACAAAUUGAGGAUCUAUCUAAUACUUUUUCUUGCCAAUAAUGCACCACCGUUCUGCCUCGGGCUACUACGCCUGCUGGCCUAUUUAUUGCUGUUUUAGAGAGGAACAUUGUUGUUUCUGCUGUGCACAUGAACAGUGUCUUAAAUUAUCAAUAAAACAAGAAGAAAGUUCAGUAACUGCAUACUCCGCUACAUAGGGGUCACACAAAUAUUUUUCUUUCAUUGCUGAGUACUGUACCAGGAUACAUGUAGCUACCAGUGUGCACUUUAGCUACUAUUAAUUAUUACUACGCUGCUGUAAAACAAGAAGAAUGUAGAACAUAUUCUUUUUUCCUAUCUAAGGUGCUUUCAGAGUAUCAGUCAUCAUAUCUAGGUUAUCUGCAUAUCUUACACUGCCAGGCUGGUUUUCUUGAGAUUGAUCUCUUCCAAAAUGCCUAGUGAAAUUGAAAGGAAAAAAAACAGCUGGAUCAUUUUUAUGAGAGAAACGGCAAAACAAGACAGUGUAACAGUCUGUAUUCAGCGAAGUUUUGGUUUUUCCAAGUCUUUAUUAAUAUAACCAGGCAAUGAAAAAACAAAAUAAAAAGGUUCCUUUGUUUAAAAUAUACUGUCAAAAUACACUAAUAUUCCACCUGCACUUUUACUAAAAAUGUUUACUUUGGGAGAUAAUGUUCCUUAUGGGAGGAAUAUUCUGAAAUAGUUUGAACUCUGAAAUUCUUUUGAUUUUUGUGAAA